GGAAGGGUUUGGCGGCAGGCAUGGAGUGCUUGUUGGCAGGGUUUGUAAGCUGGCAGGGUUUGGUGAUUGGAAGAGGUUGCUUGCUGGCAGGGCUUAUAGACUAACAGUGGUUGUAGACAGGCAAAGCUCGGUAUUUGAUAGGAGCUGAUGGCUUGCAAGGUUUAGUUACUGGCAGUGAAAGGUAAAUCACGGGGAAUAAUCAUCACCGGCUUUCUCUAAGGCUUAAGUAGGUGUCAGGCGCAGACUAAUGCUCGUCCCGGAAUGAAUGGUUAAUGUUCGGUGGCGUGGUGGUGAUUGACGGGCGGCGUAUACGUGCAGGUGACGGUGUUUGACAUGUGCAAGGCGUGCAGCACACCCGCCGGGAUGACAGAUGUCUCUGAGGUGCAUUGACUAACACCAAAACUCUGCUUUUUGGCGGACUAUAUUUUUUGUGGUUCGACAGCUACACUGGUCUCGUCUUUUACAUGCAACUUUCCUCAAUUUUGGUAAUGUGCUGUACUUUGUGUCUCGAGGCUUGAAUUACCACGUGGAGUAUUGUGUAUCACCACUUACUUUAUUGGUUUUCUUUAAAUCACAUUCUUUUCCUUGGAUUAGAAAAAUGAAUGUUCAGGCAGCACACAUUCAAGUUUUCUUUCAUUCACUGGCUCUUGUGAUAAUUGUUUUUCUCUUUGCGGCUUGCAGCGUGCUGGUCCGUUUAAUGUUGUGGGUGUUUAGCAGCGUGGACGCUUUAGUUGUUUACGCUUGCUUUCCCGAGGACAAUAUUUAUUCAAGAUUGUUUGUGCGACCCUCCGUCGGGGAGCGUGGCGGCCUGUGGGCGGCGGGCGGUGGGUCGCGCGGUGGGGGGGCAUUGCCAGCAGCCAGGGCCGAGUAACACCGGGCGUCUCAGUGGCGCUCGGAGCACGGUGGAGUAGAGUAGUGCUCACGCCAGUCCUGUCGGUCUGCUCUCAGUUUCCCGGACUUACUGUGUUAUUGGAAUUGAUUUGUUUUGUUUGCAAUUUUCAUUGAGACAUUUCAUCUCCAAGAAUAAUAUGUGAGCUGCGCAUCUUUAUCUGCAAGUUACGAAAAGAAAUUUUACAGAAGAGAAGUUACAAGCCAAUGCUUCUGAAAACUUUUAUUGUUUGAGACUGAAGCAUCGAAAUCCAUUCGAACUUCCGAGGGUUCUUCAUUCGUCAGGAUGGCAGCCCAGAUCGAGUAAGCUGCCUGGGACUCACUUCCCUUCAGGAACAGUGCGGAGGAUUGAAAAUACAAACUAAUAAAAACAACAAUAAUUGUGUGAUAUGGAGGUUCCAAGGAGGCUGGUCGGGUGAAGGUGCCCCUUCCCUCUCCUGUCUCUGCGGACAGGGAACGUCAACACAAUGAAGAAAAGAACUCGUAAGAUGGGCAGCGUCACUUCGCCUCUGCUGUGUGUGCUGAUGGUGGCGGGAGUGGUGGCGGUGACGACGGACUUGGAGACUGGACCAGGCGACACAAGACUCUCCACGGGCAUGCUGAACCCACCUCAGCCACCUCAAGUCUACCGUCUGUCGCGGAGCCCACAACACCGCCUGCACCUUGCCCAGGACCUGCACUUCAUCGAGGAGCCUCCCAGACAGCUGCACUUCACCAACACCUCCGGCGCGGUGGUGGACUGCGUGGCGAAGGGCGUGCCUGACCCCACCAUCACCUGGACCUUCGCUGACGGCCGCCCGCUGAGCCAGGUGAGUGGACUGCUGCAGGUGGCGGACAACGGCUCCCUCGUGUUUCCGCCCUUCCCCGCCCACCGUUACGACACUCGCGUGCAUUCCGCCGUCUAUACCUGCCGCGCCUCCUCUCCCGUGGGCACCCUGCUGGCCACACCCACCAUCGUCAGGGCAGUGGUGGUGGGGCAGUACCAGGUGCAAGUGUACGACCACCUGGUGAUGACUGGCAAUACGGCGGUGCUGCAGUGCGUGGUGCCCUCCUACCUGCGGGAGUUCGUGUCCAUCACUUCCUGGCACCUGGAGGAGACCCGCCACGUGUAUCCUUCCCUCCACGGCGACGGCAAGUACCACAUGACGGAGGCUGGCGACCUGCACGUGUUCGAGGUGACCCCAGCUGAUGGUCUCUCCAGGUUCAGUUGCCGAGCGCUCCACCGCCUCACGGGAAAGUCGCAGGUGUCCGUCAGCCCAGCCAGGAUCAUUGUGACAGAGCCGCAGGGAGCAGUGGCCCCGAGGAUGCGUGAGAGCCGCGGCCGAGUGGUGGUGGAGUCUGGCGUUGCCGUGACUCUGCCGUGCGUCGCCCAGGGCCACCCUCCCCUUCCUACAGGUUGGUGCAGCUUCCCCAGCCAUUACCCCCUCACGCUGUGCCCCUCCGCUGUACCCUUUCAUGACGUGUGAUUAGCACCCUACGCGCCCCUCUCACGCCCCUUGCAGCACGUCCCUCGCAGCGCGCCCCUCUCCACACACUGCAACGCAACGCACGUCCCUCUACAUUUCCCGUGUGGUUUUAUGUCUCUGCUGACCAAACUUUACUUGUGUCAACAGCGAUAUCACUUGACAUGUCUUUCCUCCUCAAACCCGCGUCAGGCGAGCAUAUCCUACAUUUGUGUGCCUCCCUCCUCCACCAUUACGCCGUUUAGCUAUGUGUGUGUCUUCUCCAAAUAUACGAACAUAACCCGUCUCUCUCCCUCUGCCGUAGU